AUGUACAGAAGUCCAGAUGACACUAGUGAAAGAGAAGAUAUUGGUCUGUCAGAAUUACCUGGACAAGAGGAUGAAGUAGGAGUUUCACUCCCAAGAGAAAAUGGAUUCCCAGGGCCUAAACGAUUACCAGGAUCUGAUUACACAGCUGGUUUGAAAGGACAAAAAGUUCUAUAUAAGACCAAUGAUGGUGAUCCAAUAAAGUGUAAUGGAGAUUUUGCCAGGUUGACAAUAAAUAUGACAGUGAUGCAUAUUAGGAAGCAUCCUUCCUUCAAAUAUUAUACUGAAAGAGAAGAUUUUAACGAAAAUCUAACGGUGUCUCAAAGUUCGGAAAAGAUGGGUCUAUGGUUCGUCACAACUAUCUUCUCUGUCAUUAAUAUCAGGAAGAAUAAUUUCAAUGAGACAUUUUACCUUGUAUACAAAGACACUAAAGAUGUUAUCAUAUUUGAUGAAUCUGUCAUCUGUAAUGAAAGUAUUAGUAAAGUCACAGUAGGAUCCAUUUCUAAAGGCAACAAGACACCUGUUGUAGUACCAACUGUAAUUGUACUUGCUGUAAUUGUUGCUUUGUUUGUCUUGUUUGGAUGGUAUUUUAGAAAGAAGAUAAUUCAGUGUUGUAGGGGAGCAUCAUUUCAUCAUUCAAAAGCUAACGGAGAUAAUACAGUUAAUGGUGAAGGCAGAAAUCUCAUGAACACAACGGGACUACAGAAUGACAGUGGGGUAGCAGAAAAUCAAAACAAAAGUGAAGCUAAUGGUAAAAUUUUGGAUGAAGCAAAGUCCCCACCCACAGAGCAAGUCAAUUUGCAGGAUAUUUAAAAUAAUUCAUUUAUGUAACAUGAAUAAUUUUUUUCUGAUAUGCCUCUGAUUAUAAGUGAGGGGGGUACUGUUUACUUUUGAUUUAGUAUUAAAGUUUAUACCACAUCUAGAUCACUUGGACUGAGAAAGGGAUUUUUUUGGUGAAGCUGGAUUGCCUCAACUAAUCAAUCUUAUAUUAUUUUUGACAACCAGCAGCCAGUUGUACGAAAGUGUCAUUAGCUUAAUGAGUCAUUAAGGCUUAAUGAUUCAUUUAGUUCUUAAUAGGACAUUAGUUAAUGAGUCCAUUAAAAUGUGUUGCACAAAGCACAAUUUUGUUUUCUCAUAAUUAACUAAUGGACAUUUAAUGAAGGAUGCGUCAUUAAACUAUCAUUAAAUAUUGGUUUUCCCCUAAAUAUUUCCCACAAUUCCAUAAGUUGUAAACAUCCGUUGUAUGCAAGGUUACCAUCAACAACUAUAGAGAUGUCUGCUAGUGCUUCUAAAACGCACAGAAAUAGAUCCAAAAAUUUUGAAUCAACAGAAAUAACCUUGAUCACGGAACUGGUACAGCAAAACAUCACAUUAUUAAAUGACAAAUUUAAGUCUAGUCACCGUACCAGUUCAUUGACAAGUGAAAAGAAGGGUUUGGUCU